AUGGUUUUUGCUGAAGAGGGAUACGAUUCUACUCAAGAUGUUUUUGAUUCGGUAAUUUCUACGCUUGUUCCUACUUUGAUAGUUUAUAUGUUUGAUAAAGAUGUGAUUGGAAUUCGGAAAUUGAAAGAGGCAAAUUCUUCAGAUUCCAAAACAAAAGCGGAGGCAGGUUAUUCGGAUUCCGAAACAAAAGCAGAAGAGGGUUCUUCGGAUCUUGAAACGAAAGAUGAAAAUAUAAUACGCAAAAUUAAGAGAAAGCAUGUUCUUGACGACUUUAUUUUUUUGUUAUCCCUUUUUGUUUUGCCUUCGGUGGUAUUUUAUAAGAACAAGGAUAAAUUUCCGAUACCUCUUUGGAUUUCAAUUUUCUUAGGAAUGGUAUCCAUUCUGGUUUUUGUUUUAAUGAUGUUAAAUUACUUUGUUAAAUUAAAUAAUUUAAGAGGCUAUGGAUUAAAAAUAUAUAUUAUUCCAUUAUCGAUCGAAUUUUGUCAUGUUUUAUCAGAUGUUAGUUUUAUAUUUUAUUCUAAAAGUGUUUUUACAGGUGUUUAUUUGAACAUUUUUGUUUAUUUACACGCUGUAACUGGUGUUAUAUGUUUGGUUGCAAUUAUUAUUUAUAUUAGUUUUUUUACUAGAGUAAAUAGUUUGGUGGAAAGGAUUUGUUGUAUUUGUUGUAUUUGUUGUAUCCAUUUGAAUGCGGAAAUUUUAUUUAGAAUGGAGAAGGUAAUGAGAAUUGUUGGUAUUACAAUAACAUUUAUUUGGACUCCGAUAAUUCAGAUGUUUAAUUUAUCUUUGUUUUCUGGUAAUGAUUAUUAUUGGACAAGAUCUAUAUUGGCUUUGAAUUUAUUAUAUUUUACAAGGGUGAUCAAUUACGCGAUUAAUGACGAAGUAGUGGAUUCUUCUGAGUUAAACAAUGAAGAACUUAAUUACAUAACUUUUGGUAUUUUAAAUACCAUGUUUAAUAUUCGUAAUUUUG